AUGUCAACAUUCGACUUGACGCAGCGCAUGGCGCCAUUUCUCGAUCUGCAUUUGAUCAUCCCGCUUCUUGAGUUUAUCGAGCCAAGAGGAGUGAGUCAAUUUAUUAAUGUUUCCUUCAAAAAAGUGGAAAUUUUCAGAUCUACGAUGAGAAAUCCUUGACGGAAAUGCAUCGUCAGCUUUUGAGCAAAACGAACAUGAUCGAUAGUGUCAUUGAGACCUACAACGUAAUUAGAAGGCAAAAAGUUGUUAAUAUUAGCAGCUCUUCUUUCAGGGAAAGGCAAUUCCAGCUGCUAUUGAAGCCAAGAAGAAGCAGAUCAUCAAGGAGAGAGAUGAGCUGAAGGGAAAGGUUGACACCGUUGUCGCUAUUCUGGAGAUUCCAGAGGUCAAGGAGAUGAUGGAUAACAACAGGGAAAGAGACGGAAACGUAAGAAUCCUGGAGCAUCUGACCCAGAACCACAACGUAAGUUUGAAAAGAAAUCAAACGAUCUUGAUCUCAGCGUUUUGAUUCCAGUUCACCGUUGACAUGGUUGAUACUCUGUUCAAGUACAGCAAGUUCAUGUAUGAGUGCGGAAACUACACGGUCGCCUCCGUGUGUCUCUACUACUACCGCAACCUGGUCAAUCAGGCCGAUCCGAACUAUCUGAACGCCUUGUACGGAAAGUUGGCCAGUGAGAUUCUUCUCCAGGAGUGGGAGCACGCUCGUGACGACCUGCUCAAGCUGAGAGCUUACAUCGACGCCAAUCCAUUCGACACCGAGUGGGAGCUUGUCACUCAACGCGCCUGGCUCAUGCAUUGGGCUCUUUUCGUGUACUACAAUUACCCGAAAGGACGUGACGAGAUCAUUGAGAUGUUCCUUAAUCAGCAGCCGUACUUAAAUGCUAUCCAAGUCCUUGCUCCUCAUCUUCUUCGUUAUCUUGCCGUCGCCGUUGUGACGAGCAAGAGCCGUCAGAAGAACAGCUUGAAGGACCUCGUCAAGGUCAUCGAUAUCGUAAGUUCAAAACAUACAAAAUUUAGUCAUCUAGAAUUGUUCGUUUUCAGGAGAGACACAGCUACAAAGAUCCGGUCACCGAUUUCCUGACAUGUCUCUACAUCAAAUACGAUUUCGACGAGGCUCAGGAGAUGCUCCAAAAAUGCGAGGAAGUGCUUUCCAACGACUUCUUCCUGACCGCUGUUCUCAACGAUUUCCGCGAGUCCGCACGUCUUCUCAUAUUCGAAAUGUUCUGCCGCAUCCAUCAAUGCAUCACCAUCGAAAUGCUCGCCCGUCGGCUGAACAUGAGUCAAGAGGAGGCCGAACGCUGGAUUGUUGACCUAAUCCGAACCUACCGCAUCGAGGGAGCCAAGAUUGACAGCAAACUGGGCCAGGUGGUGAUGGGAGUGAAGUCGGUGAGCAUCCACGAGCAAGUGAUGGAGAACACGAAGCGAUUGACUCUCCGCGCACAACAAAUCGCUCUUCAAUUGGACAAGAGCCGUCAGGACAAAGUGAAGGCCAAUUAA